AUGAAUCGACUUCAUCAGUGCACCACUCAACCGACGGAGGAGGACAAUAUGAGGGAAUCGGAGACGGUGAGAGUUGAUGGCAUGCGAUGGGUGAUGGAGUGGAUGCAUCGAGGGGUGGAGCAGAGGUGGUGCAUCAUCGAAUCCCCACAGAAACUGCAGUGUUGUUGCAUUGUGAUGGAGGACCAUUGCUGGACAUUGGAGCGCUUGCGUGGUCACAUCUUCUGGCUCCACGCUAUUGACGAGGAGCGGAGCUGCUCCAAGUUAGAAGCUGCAACAGACCCACCUUUGGCAAUCCAUGGUGUGCGGCUUGACGGCGUUGAUCAUUCGCCAUCGCCUUGUUGUUGGUAG